AUGCAUAGGAUAAGAGAAGUUCAAAAUAUAAAUAAAAAGGAAUUAAAUUUAAAUAUUAGUGAGAGUGCAUCAUGGCAUGCUGAUUAUAGUCAUAGUCCAUAUAUAUAUGUUGGUGGAUUAAAUUAUGAUUUGAAUGAAGGUGAUGUUAUUGCAAUAUUCAGUCAAUAUGGUGAAAUAUCUGAAUGUAAUUUAGUCAGAAAUAAAGAGACAGGUCGAUCACAAGGAUUUUGUUUUGUUGGUUAUGAUCAACAAAAAAGUACCGUAUUGGCUGUAGAUAAUUUAAAUGGUAUAAACCUAUUAGGUAAAACUAUUAAAGUUGAUCAUGUUAAAGAUUAUAAAAGACCAAAAAAGAAUAAUGAAGAUUUAACUGAUACCGAUGAUGAUGAUGAUGAUGAUAAUAAUAGCGAUGAUGGUACUGAUGAUAAUUCUGACAGUGAUGAUGAUAAUAAUAAUAACGAUAAUGAUGAAAAGAAAAAAGAAAAAAAGAAAAGAAAACUUGAAAAGAAAUUAAAGAAAAAACAAAAGCGUGAAGAAAAAAGAAAACGAAGAGAAAAUGAAACACCUGAACAAAGAGAAAAAAGAAAAAUGGAUAAACAAUUAAAAAAAGAUGAAAAAUUAUUAAGAAAACAAGAUAAAAAAAGAUUAAAAUUUGAAAAUACUACUGAUACAACUACUACUACUACCACAACAACAACAACAUCACCACCAUCAUCAUUUGAUUCUAUUAGAAAUGAUAGGGGUGACCAAAAUAAAUCAAAUGAUAAAUUAGAAAAUAGAGAUAAACAUAAUCAUAGAAAUACAAGUAGAGACAGAAUUAAAGAUAGAAGUAGAAGUAGAAGUAGGGAAAGGGAUAGAGAAAGGGAUAGAGAAAGAUAUAGGGAUAGGGACAGAAACAGAAGUAGAGAAAGAGAAUACAGAGAUAGAAGUAGAAGUAGAAGUAAAAGUAGAGAUAGGUAUAGAUAUAGGGACAGAAGUAGAGAAAGAGAAUACAGAGAUAGGAGUAGAGAUAGAGAAAGAUAUAGAGAUUCAAGAGAUUAUAGAAGAUAG